AUGGAAUUCGCGCGCUUAUUUGAAUUUUCGGAACUCUUAGUCUGUAUUGUCACUAUAUGUAAAAGGAUUUUAGAUAGCUAUUGGUUUCAUUUACCGUUGGAUUAUUUCAUUGAUUUCCCACUGUCAUAUAAUAAAGAUAUGUUUCCACCGAAUGAUCCAGUCCAACUGACAGAAGAAGAUUUAACCACGCUUAAAAAGUGUAGACAAUUAUCAUUUUGGCGAGGUAGUGUACCGUUUACAAUUGGUGCUGGUUUAGCUGUUACAGUCGCUGAUAGAUAUGGUUUCUUUACAAAACGUAGAAUGCUUCGAAUCCCGUGUUAUGUGAUCAGUAUGACUGUUGGUUAUUUUCUUGGCAAAGUCAGUUAUAUUGGUGAAUGUAAACGUAUGUUUCUUCAACUGAACGAUAGUCGUAUUAAGGAUCAAAUUCUCAGAGUAGAACAAUUCACUCAAUCUGGUGGAACAUUUCAACCAACUCCCGAUUCACCUAUUAUUGUAAAUACACCUGUAGAAAAACAUCCACCAAUGAGUUAUGCCCAACGUAGAGAAUAUUAUCGUCAUCAUCCUGAACAAUCAGGAUCAUCACCUUCAAAUUCAAAUUCUAAACCACCAGAGAUGGGAUUGAUGAAAGUAAACAACAAUCGGAAACAAAAUCAAAUCUUCAGUAUUUCGAUAAAGACAGACCAAUUAGUUCAUUCUACUAUGAUGAUGACUAUCGACCUAAAGAAUAAAAUAAACACAGUGUAAUUCACUGGAACAAAAUACCAUUGUGUAUAACACUGGUGGUUCUAUAAUUUUUUUGUUUUUAAUUUCUAGUCGUUAACUUUCACUCUGACGGUGGAGUUAGUUAUGCUAUGGUAAGGCUUUUUUCAGCUUGUUCUCUCCUUCUCUUCCUUCUUCGCCCUGUACUACUAAUGUUGCUGCCGCUGCCGUUGCUCCUACUGAAGUGUAAAGACAUUCAUCGUCCAUUAGAUAAUAAUAACAUGUAUUUUGGUAUACUUAUCCCAUAGUUUGUUUAUCCGUGUAUCAUUCGUGAGCUAAAGUUUUAGAAUUGGUUGUAAAUAUACACUUUAGUUAUAAUAGUAUAUAUAUAUAU